GUGUUAGUUUUGCGCAGUGGUCAAAAACAUGUCGAAGAAGAAAAACGUUUUAAUGGUUUGUUUUGGCAAGUAGUGGUUUUUUUUAAUGCAAUAUUUUCAAAGCUCAUUAUCUUUGAGUUCUAAAUGUAUAUAUUGAUUAAAUGAACGAUGUUAAUGUGCCUUUGUCAAUAGCCAAUUUUAUCGCUCAGCAUAUAAUUCAUGUUUUAAUUAGUCGAGUCACUUAUAUAAGGAAACACUUGUCGCUCUCCUAUAGCUGAAGCAGUUUUUCGUAAAUUCAUCGAGAAACAUAACAUGAGUGACGAGUGGGAAGUUGACAGUGCUGCAUUAUUCGGAUACCACGAAGGAAAGGGUAUCAAUGCAAAAUCUUUGGAAGUCCUUGAAAAAAAUGGUAUCACCGAUUAUAAUCAUAUUGCACGAACGAUAAAUAAGGAAGACUUUGAAAAUUUCGACUGGAUUUUCGGAAUGGACUACUACAAUAUUGGGCACCUAGGUCGCAUACAGCCACAAGGAACCAAGGCAAAAGUUGAGCUUUUAGGUCUUUACGAUCCUGAGGGAGAAAUCGUUAUCGAAGAUCCAUAUUUCGAUAAUGAUAUUAGUCGGUUUGAAAAGGCUUACGAACAGUGUUCGAGAUGCAUUCCAGUAUUUAUUCAACGUCAAGAUACAUCGUAACUUUCAUUUGAUUACAUGUGCAUUUUCAACUCGAAAAUAACAUAUAUUUUCAUUCGGGAAAAUUGCUCACUGGUUUCACCUAUUGCUAAAACCGAUAAAUGUGUUAGGGAAUAUUUUAUCUGACGUUCGUGUAUUAUUUACAAAGGUCUUAUCCAUAACUGCAAAGCUGCUGACGUUAUUACUAUCAGAUUUCCGAAUCUUUUUUUUCUCACUCAUUAAUGAUCUCGGAGUUUUCCUUCGUAACCUGUUAAGUGUUAUCUUUUUAUCUCAUAUGAGGUUUUAUGAAAAAUUGAUCAUGUAUGUAUGUAUAUUUGCUCAUGUGAUAAACUAUGUUUCGUACUUUUAAGCUACCUUUUAAGGAAAGUCGUUGUUUUAACCAAAAAAUAGUUCUAUAAAGCGAUUUUAUAUUUGUAUAAAGCUUGUUUUUAUUCGUUUGCUAUUUUAUCAAUUUGAAUUUGGCGCGCGCACGCACAAACUGAUGAAAGAACAUAAUUACUAUAUAUAACAACAGCUCGCAGUGGUUUUUGCAUUCUCAAGUUGUAACACUGACGCGAAAUCACUAUAAUACGCUAGAAGCAGUAAAGUUUCGGUUUCCCGGGGCACCUAUAAGUAUUUCCAGACGUGAGAUAACUACCUAUAUAUAUAGAUAAGCCCAUCAUGAGUAAUAACAAAUACGUUUCAAAGAUGGUGCGGACAAUGCUGUUCAAACGUCAAAUCGCAUUGUGAUAUCAAUCUUAAAAGUUAAAGAGUAACGAAGUAUCGAUGUACAGAAAAAAAUGACUCGCUCAAGAAUCCAGAGGAUCAAGUUUUUCGUUUUCCUACUGAUAUUCCUGCUAUCUCAGUUGGCGAGUUGCGACGGGAAUUUCCGAGAAAGACGUCAAGCCGCUGAGCCUGUGCCUUUAGAUAAUAAAAGUGGAAGCAAGGAAACCGCUGGUAAACCCGCUGCGGCAGAGAGAAAGGAUGUGGUCAAGGAGUUGCCUGCACAAAGUAGCGCAAAAAAUGCAUCUGCCCCGAUUGACGACGUUAAAAAAGCAGGGGUUGACAUAACCUCGAAAGCGGCUCCUGGAGCCGCUUCGACUACUGCAAAGUCUGCAUCCUCGACAAUUCCGUCAACCAAUGGGAUGGAUUUAUCUUCUAUGAAUUCUGGAGCAUUAAUGAGGGGUGUUUUUGUUAUACUCGGCCUUAGUGUGCUUGUUAUGGCAUAUAUGGUGUUCCGUAGUUUUAGGUUAAAUAAGUCACGUGCUCAAAUGGUUAGGAAGUAUGGUGUUCUUGCGCAUAGGCAAGAUGUUGAGAUGAGGCCACUACCAUUGGAUGAGGAUGAUGAGGAUGACACAACAGUUUUUGAUGCAAGUAACAUCUCUUCGCACAGAUUGCAGUCUCAAGAUUCAUAAGUAAAGGUUUAUUUUUUAUACUUUGUAAAGGCAGGUUACACUUAUAGUUAAUUAGUGAAACUUGAGGAUGACAUUCUAAACAAAAAACGAAUUGUGAGACUGAAUUUAUAAAAGUGGAGAAAAGUUAAAAACCCCUCUAAAGCUUUUUCUAGGUGUGAAAAAAAGAUUAAAAAUAGUUUAUCGAUGAUGUGAUACAAUUUUUAAGAUCAUGUUUUGUGAAAAUGCUUCUUGCUCAAAAUUGCAGUGUCAUGUCAUGUUUAUUCAUAUACAUUGACUCUGCAGUUUCCUCUUUCUGAACUACAUGUGAUACAUAGGUAUAUACAUAUAUAUAUAUAUAAAUAUACAUAUAUUGAUAUGAAAAGUUGCUAUGGCAUUUACUAAUGAAUAUGCAAUAGCCGCAAAAAAGUCAUCAAAUGAGUAACUAAUGAAAAAUGCUGUUAAACUAAAAUACUACAGAUUAUGUAUAUUUUAUUUAAUUCUAAUGUAAUAAAGAUAAAAAUAUCUCUACAGAAAAUAUUGAACUCUUUAUUGUCGGUUGCAGUGACUCAUAUAAGAGUGUGUUUUAAAAUGCGUAAAUACAUAUCUUCGAUAAAUGCA